AAUUAAACCAUGUUGUCUCGUAUGUUUUAGGGUCAAAGCAAGCUAAGUUCAUACACUACUGACUUGAAUGUUAGUUGUCUUUGGAGGGUUAAAAAAUGAGACUAACUAAUAAAACUUUAUGAGUUAUUUUGAACUUUUUGUUCUUUUUUCAGCGUGAGAUAGGAAUGGGGCAGCCGAGCAGUGAUGGUAGUAAUGGAGAAGGGAUCAGAAGAAGAUCAUGUGGUUGUGGGAAAGAUGAUUUUCUACCAGAGGAGUCCUUUCAGAGUUGGGAAAAUUAUACAAAAGCACUUAAGGCAACCCCGUUUCGUCUCUUCAACCGGCUCACGGCCCGAUCAGCGGAUCAUACCGAGCUUGUUGAGAUGAAGGCGAGAAGCCAGCAUCAGAUGAAGAAGACACUCACAUGGUGGGACCUCAUGUGGUUUGGCGUUGGCGCCGUCAUUGGUGCUGGUAUAUUCGUCCUCACCGGUCUCGAAACGAAGAAACAUGCUGGCCCUGCAGUCGUCUUGUCUUACAUUGUCUCUGGCAUCUCUGCCAUGCUUUCUGUCUUCUGCUACACUGAGUUUGCCGUUGAGAUUCCAGCUGCCGGUGGAUCAUUCGCCUACCUAAGGGUAGAAUUAGGGGACUUUGUGGCAUUCAUCGCUGCCGGAAACAUUCUUCUCGAAUACAUUAUCGGAAGUGCAGCUGUAGCUCGUGCAUGGACGUCAUACUUCGCCACCCUCUGCAACCACCAUCCAAACGAUUUUCGUGUCCACAUAUCCGCUUUCCCUGACGACUACAACCAACUCGAUCCCAUCGCCAUUGUCGUCAUUCUUAUCAUCGGCAUCUUCGCUCUAGUGAGCACCAAAGGCUCCUCCCGCCUCAACUACGUUGCCUCCAUUUUGCACGUUGUUGUCAUCGUCUUCAUCAUCAUUGCUGGGCUAACUCAAGCCAACCCGAAAAACUUCACUCCCUUUGCCCCUUAUGGCCCUCGUGGCAUUUUCGUGGCUUCCGCCGUCUUGUUCUUUGCAUACGUCGGGUUCGAUGCGGUGUCGACGUUGGCAGAAGAGACUAAGAAUCCAGCUAAAGAUAUCCCCAUAGGACUUGUUGGAUCCAUGGUGAUCACAACCGUUCUAUAUUGCAUUCUUGCUGUUACGCUCUGCCUCAUGCAACCGUAUCAACAAAUUGAUGCAGAUGCACCGUUUUCUAUGGCUUUUGAGGCCGUUGGUUGGAGUUGGGCUAAGUACAUUGUCGCUGCUGGUGCUAUUAAAGGCAUGACAACUGUGUUGUUGGUUGGUUCGGUUGGUCAAGCUCGGUAUCUCACACACAUUGCUAGAACCCACAUGGUGUCUCCAUGGUUUGCCAAAGUCCAUGAAAAAACUGGAACUCCUGUAAACGCAACAGCAACAAUGCUCAUUGCAACAGCGAUGGUUGCUUUCUUCACAUCAAUGAAUAUCCUCUCAAACCUUCUCUCAAUCUCCACCCUCUUCAUCUUCAUGUUAGUAGCCAUAGCCCUUAUCAUCCGACGCUACUACAGCAGCAGCGAAACCACAACAUCAAACCGAAACAAGCUCUUAAUAUGCCUAGUUCUGAUAAUCGGAUCUUCAAUGGCAACUGCCACAUAUUGGAGCACAAGCGACAAUUGGAUCGGCUAUGCCGUGACCCUUCCAAUAUGGUUCUUCUCAACUCUAGCUCUAUGGCUCGGCGUCCCACAGGCAAAGAAGCCACAAGUGUGGGGUGUGCCAUUGGUCCCAUGGCUGCCUUCACUGUCCAUUGCCAUUAACUUUUUCCUUCUUGGGUCCAUCGAUAGAGCUUCAUUUGAAAGGUUUGGGAUAUGGACUGGGAUUCUCUUGAUUUACUAUUUCUUAUUUGGAUUGCAUGCUUCUUAUGACACUGCCAUGAACUCCAAGACCAAAACAGCAGAAAUUAAUGACAGCGUGUGAAAUAAUGGAAUUGGAAUCAUGACGAUGAAGAAGAAGAAGAAAAAAUUUUAUUAACUGUUUAAAUUAAUAGCAGUGGGAAAAUUUAUAUUCUUGUUAAUGUACUUUAUCUUAAUCGUACUUUAUGUGUAUUUUAAUUUGUUGUAUGUGUAAUGCAAAUAUGAACUUUAUGUUACAAAUACAAAUAUGAACUUUAGGUUACAAAUACAAAUAUGAACUUUAGGUUACAAAUACAAAUAUGAAUAGUAAGACCGACGAUUUAUAAAAACCGAAAUUCUUCUCUUUUUUCACUCGCCGAUUUAACUUAACUCCGUUCAACUUCAUUGCCUACUCUCCGGUAACUGCUUCUUCCUUUUGAGCUAUGAUCUUCUUCUUCACAACCCUAAUUGCUUAACCAUUCCCUUCCCUAAUGGAAGAUUCCGAGGGCGUUCUCAGCUUCGAUUUCGAGGGCGGUCUCGAUGCCGGUCCCACGAACCCUGCCGCCACUUCCUCCUUACCCAUCAUCAAUUCCGACUCUUCUGCCCCACCCGCUGCCUCUGCCGUCUCCAACCCCCUCUCCGGUGCCCUUGGUCCUGCUGUUUCAGCUGAACCUACGGGCGCCCCACAUGGUAACGUCGGAAACCGGAGGAGCUUCCGGCAAACGGUCUGCCGGCAUUGGCUUCGUAGCUUGUGUAUGAAGGGUGAUGCUUGUGGUUUCCUUCAUCAGUAUGAUAAGUCUCGGAUGCCCAUUUGCCGGUUCUUCCGUCUCUAUGGCGAGUGCCGUGAGCAGGAUUGCGUCUAUAAGCAUACCAACGAAGAUAUCAAGGAGUGUAAUAUGUAAGUUUGAGAAUUGGAAUUUGGAAUCUGAUUGGUUUUCGUCUGAUUUACGUUCUUGCUUGUUUAAUUUAUGUGUAUUUUUCUUUUGGUCGGAGGUGAUCAAUGUCUGUUUUCAGGGUUUAUGCUUUUCUUUAUCUCUAGUUGUUGAAUUUUUUUAAGUAUCAUAUGCGGUUCAUCGAUUUCAGACUGGAAAAUUUAUUUCAUUUUGAACUCUUUUUCAUUUAUGAAUUUCUGUUGAGGAUGUAGUUUUCUUUAA